AUGGAGUCCGGUGAUCUUCAUCUCUGCAUAGAUUAUGUCAGUAGUGGUGGAAUUAUUCUGACGCCAGAGCAGAAAGCAGCUCUUCAAACGGCUCUGGUUAUUUUACAAAAUGAGAACCGAUUUUACAGAGUUUACUUUUGGGGCAAAAUUUUUGGCGUUAAGGAAGAUUAUUAUAUAGUACAAGGCGCGUACAAAGAUGAAUUUGCGGGCAGAAAAAGCUUCUACAGUAAAGACUGCAUACACUGGGGAUUACUCCCCCUUGCAACUGCUAAGAUGAAGGAGAAUGCAAAACUUGCAAAAGGAUAUUUUACUGGAGACCCCUCCUAUGAAACUGAACAUGUGGAGUUGAAAAUAACAGGUGAAGGUCAAAAUGCAACAGAAGAGGAAGAAGUUACAAUUGUGAAAGAGGAAGACCGUCUCACUUCUGUAAUUGCUGAAAUUGAUGAGGAUGUGAGAAUUGUUCCUCGAGGGGCAUUUGUUCAGGUUCCUACUGCGGAAGUUGUGAAGAACAGAAGUUUUGAGGGUUUGUCUGUUCAAGAAGCUGCCAAACUGUGCAAUUAUAUGCAUUUUCGAGAAGCAAAAAGGCUGAAUCUAAGAAUUCUUCUUCAGCGUGCAAACAUGGAUAGAGCCAUUGAUUUUAUGGAUAGCAUUGAGGAUGAUGUUCCUCGUGGUUCUUGGAAUAUACAGUUCGAGCGAGGAAGUGGCUUGCUUAUCAUGCGUAGUCUUCAGUGGCCAGGAUACGUAUUUUACCAUGUUCCUGCAACCAGAAAAUAUGGAUCUGUCUACUUUGGAACAGGAGAAAAAAAUAUGGAUUUGCCAUUCAUGCUGUAG